UCCAUCAUGGCGGUUGUCCACUUCCUUGGGAGAGACAAUUUUUCAUCUCGCGUCCAGGACAAGUUGUGGGAGAUUUGAAGGGGAAAUGAAAUGGAAGGGAGUAAGUCAGAUAAAGUAAGAACACCAGAAAAGAGUGCCUUUACCAAACUUCAAUCUCCAGAAGGGAAUAAGUCGAAAUCAGCAAUAGCAGAGGUCAGCUCGACUGCAAUUGUGAAGUACUCUGCCCAGGAAGUCUUACCUUACUAUAACAAAUUGCAGCAGGAUACAAACCUCAAUGUUGCCCCUUCAAAUUGGCUGCGAGAUGGAAGGUUUUCUGAUCUCAGUUUUCUCAAAAGGGACCCUGUUGAGUUUACAAGUUUUGGAAUGGCACACAGCUUUGUUGAUACUAUUGGAGAUGUUGAUGUGAUAUCUGAUGCUGAGAACAUCAAGAAAUUACUUAAAAUACCAUACAGUGCCAAAGCUGAAGUAAGCUUAGCAGUCCAUAGAGUGGGGCCAACUCUGCUGUUGGAUUAUCUUGAUGUACCAUCACUGAUUUCAUUUGCUUCUGAGGGACACAGUGACACUAUUUUUCGUAGGUGGCUUUAUGAUUUCUACUGUGAACAAACUGGAAUUCCAAAGGAUGCUAGCUUUGAACGCAAGAAGAAGAAAAAAGAUCAGGCAAAACUCAGACACAUAUUUUCAAAGUUCCUUCAUUACAGCAUUCAGAAUGACAAUCAAGAUGCUUCAACAGAUACCACCUUUAAAACAUACCCUGAUCCCAGCUCGUCGCCUCUUGGAGACUCCUGUGACGAAGGGGAAGGUGAGCCUUUCAGAGAUCCAGUCUCAGGACCAACUGUUUUUGCAGAAAAGGGAUCAGAUCUGUUUGCACCAAUAAUUGUUGAGACUGAUUCACCAGAGGAACCUGUUCUACCCCAGCUCCAACAGGACUCUUCAUUCCAACACAAUGUUCUGUGGCAAUUUGAAGAUAUCCAGAUGCUUGUAGGAUCCAACCUGCCCAUAUUUGGAGGUGGUAAAUACCCUGCAGUCAGCCUAAGACUUAGAGAGUGUGGCAACCCCAUCAACGUUCUAACAGGGUUGGAUUACUGGCUGGAUAACCUGAUGUGUAAUGUUCCAGAGGUAGCCAUGUGUUACCAUUUAGAUGGCAUUGUUCAAUACUACGAUCUUUAUAAAACAGAGGAGUUACCAGACUUGGAAGGGAGUAAUUUUUCUCCAAAGGUCGUGAAAGAUGUAGCACAAAAUAUCCUUUCUUUCAUGAAGGCAAACUGCACCCGUGAAGGACACACCUAUUGGCUUUUUAAGGCGACUGGCAGUGACGUCAUUAAGUUGUAUGACUUGACAUCAAUUUGUCAGCAGCGAACGGACGACAAGACAGAGAACUUGUUUACUGUGCCAGUGGCUAUGCUGUUCUACCGAGUUGCUAAAAAUAUGAUGAAUCAGUCACCAUUGAGUUCUGGGGAACAAUCAACGGUUCGCCAGCUGCUCAAUAACUGUCUCCUUUUGUUGGACAAUGAAACAUAUCCCGAGAUUUUCUCAUCAGCAAGCUUUUUGUUAUCCGACCUGUACUCCCCCGAUGAUGUGCACGCCCUGCCAGCCAUAAACACAACCGAUGACCCGGAAGGCGAUGAAGAGGAAAAUAACUCUGAGGCUAGCCCUUCUGAUGAAUGGUCUGGACAAAGUGACGGAGAAACUAUUACGGCCCUGAAGUCGCUCGACGUGACGAAACUAUCGACUCCCAUAACACAACAAGAUGACUGGAUUAAGGUUUCUAAGCCAUUACCUAGCAACGUGGAAGAAAGGUGUAAAGUGGCUCUGUCACAGAUCGUAAAGGGCCUUUCGUGUGUCAAAAAGCAUUUGUCAGAAAGCAGCCCUCAAGGGGAUGUCCUUAAUAGUACCACCGAUGACAGCUCCUCUUCCGAAGGCGCCCCAUCUCCAUCCCAGUCUCCUAGAAGUGACGCGGUAUCGAGCUCUAAAUCCCCCCAAGCAGUUGUUCCUACUAGUUCAAAACACCUUUGUCUGCAUAAGAGGGAGAAAACUCCUCUUGUCCUUAGAAGGCCGGUGCGCUGGCAAGCAAGGACGGCUGGCUUAUUGUUUCACAAAGCGGCGUCUGUCUAUCACUCGCUGGCCUGUACUUUUAAUUCAAACGGCAAGUUUGGCCGCGGUUUGAAGAACUGUAAACUUGCAUUUAAGUGUCUAGAGGCUUCUCAGAUUUUUGGUGUGGAGCCAAAGAACAAGAAAGGCGACCAGUUGCUGAUCUCGGUACAGUUUGUGUGCGGAGACUCCUAUCUGAUGUUGGCCAAUUGUCAAGGGAAUUUAGCUGUCCAUCAGGAAGAUUAUCGUUUUAAAUCCGAAGAAGAUGUUUUCAUCUGCGAUGCGGCCGAGGAGUGCAUUUCCGGUCAAGUUGAAUAUUCUUCUAGUGUUAAGUUUGUGUCAGAUGUGGAGAAAAAUUUACUGAAGAGUGUUAGCUUAUAUGACGCCGCCCUUCAACUCGCAACGACAGACACCAAAGUGGAGCUGGUGGUAAACUUAACAAGACGACUGGGGAACGUUAAAAACGAGUUGGGCGUGUUUUAUAUGAACAAAGCUGCUUCCCUAUUGGACAGCAGCUCAGAACCCUCCAAUGAGGAACGAGAACUGUGGAAGAAAAGCUUCUCUAAUUUCGACAGCGGUAUUCGCACUUUUGAUGUAACAGAUGACAGUGCAAACAAGGCGUUAUUGCUGUCUAAUUUAGGCCGUCUAAUGCGGCUAUGCGCCCAGGCCGUAGGAGGCGUGGAAACCAAGCUGACAGGAAGAAGGGGAGAGUUCACUCAGGAGGAGAGAGGAUAUUUUAACAAGGCUUUUGAGUUCUACAACAAGGCUCUUCGAUGUUUGGCUGACAGGAAGAAAAGUCCAGAGGUCUGGGACACAGUCACGUGGGAGUUAUCGGGCUCUUACUUUUCAAUGGGGACCCUCCUACAAGAUUUUGCACCCCUUUCCACUUAUGCUCAAGAGCAGGUUGAACAGGAGGUAACUGAGCUGAUGAUGAAAGCACUCCGUCUGUGUGAACAAAGUGUCACUUUGAGUACGCCACACGUUAAACCCCGGUCUCUUUACCAGCUCUAUCAUCGGAUAGCUUCAAUUCACCAUCGGCUGGCGUCUCUUUACCACAAUUCUUAUAGGAACCAGGCUGUUGAUCACUCAAAGAAGAAAGCGCGCUCUCUAGCGGAGUUACACUACAGCAAGGCUGUGGCGUAUUUCGAUGCCACCCGGUACCCCUGUGAGAGGAUUCGAAUUCAUUUGGAGCAGGUCGCCAUGUGUGAAUAUCACGUGACCACUUACGGUGGGUCUGCGGCAGCCAUUCGUAGUUUACAGUCAGCUUUGGAGCAUUUGUGCCAAACUAGGACAGCUUUAGAAUAUUUGGGAACAUUAAAGGUUUCCGAAGAGAGUGAAUGCAAGACUGCAAAGGGUGAUGAAGGUUCCGAGUCACAUGUAGUCGUUUGGGAUGAGAUAAGGACGCUAGUUCCGAUUUUGGAAUCGCGUCUCACAAGUGUUUUGAAAGAACUUGUGAAGGCUAACAGUACGCUGAAGAACAAAGGAAAGUCGAGCAGGGACUGGGGAGGACUGGAAAUGGCCAAGCAGAUGUACUCUGUUGCAUUGCGGAGCAGCAGUAGCAGUGGGGUUGAGGAUAUUGUCAAAAAAUGCCAGAGAAUAGCUGAAACUCUAAAAAACCUCCAAGAAAUUAAGAAGCAAACGCAGUGAUGCCUCU